AUGAAGGCUCCCACACAGGCACCGUCACAUUCACCCUCGCAGUCACCACAUUCGCCUUCUACGCCGGCUACACCUUCACCCAAUCUCGAUCACGCUCUUCCACUUCCCUCACCCGCCUCACCCGCCUCCGAGUCCGUCUAUACCCCAGCCGACGACAUUCGCCCCUCUCCCGGCUCUAAGCUUGCCGACGACGACGAAAGCGACAGCCAUGGGCCUGCCAAUAUGCAUCUCCCACCACCAAUGAAGACGAUAGACCGCUUCAAGCAUUUCAAUGGCAUGCUAGUCUUUUUCAUGCUAUACAUGGCGCUAUGCGCCUUCAACUAUGGCUUUGAUGUCGGCACUUUUAGCGGCGUCCAAGGCAUGCACAGUUUUUCCCGGCGCUUCGGCGAAUACAACGAGAAGAAAAACGUCUUUGCAAUACCCGCAUGGCUCCUCUCCGUCAUGACUGCCACUCCCUUUCUCGGAAAAGCUGUUGGCUGUGUCAUUUGCGGACCAAUUGCCGAGAAACGCGGUCGCAAAUUCGCCAUUUUCGGUCUCUGCAUCUUGUCAUUCAUUGGCGUUACCCUCCAAACUACGGCCGCUUCGGCCGCUCAAUUCACCGUCGGCCGCAUCUUCACCUUUGCCAUGACGGGCAUGACCAUUGUUGUCGUCCCCAUCUUCCAAGCUGAAGCCUCGCCCCGCGUCCUUCGUGGCAUGUUUGGCUCUACAAUACAGGCCAUGGUACUCUUUGGCCAAGUCAUUUCCACUUUGGUCACAUACGGCACCGAGACGAUGAAUAGUGCCGCCGGCUGGCGCAUACCCAUUGGCCUUCAGUUCAUCGCCCCAUGCCUGCUUUGCGGCAUGCUCUACUUUUUACCGGAAUCCCCUCGUUGGCUUCUCAGCCGCGGUCGGCGCGAAGAGGCCAUUGAGAGUCUUGCCAAGUUUCGCAAAAGGACAACUCUUGAAGAAGUCGCCGUCGAGCUAGACGGCAUUGCCCUUUCUCACAAUCGAGAGAAUCAGGGAACUUGGUCGGAAGUGUUUGGCCCAGAAAACCGUUUACGCACCGCCGUCGCCACCCUUGCCAUGUUUGGUCAGCAAAUUACUGGCCAGGCCUUUGCCUCGCAAUACGCCGUCGUCUUUUACCAGUCGCAGGGCUUUGGAACAUCUGCAUUCCUCUUCAAUGUCCUUAACAGCGUUAUUAGUUUGCUCGCUGUUAUGAUCACAUGGCUCUUUGUCGACUCGACCGGCCGCAGACCUGUUCUUUUACUUGGCGGCACUUUCAUGGCAGUCUUCUUCUUCAUCUUUGGAAGUGUCGGCAGCAUCCACGAAGACAAUAGAAGCCCAGCCAUGACAAACCUCAUGGUAGCUUGUCUCAUGCUUUUCUACUUUUUCUACAACCUUUCAUGGGCCCCUGUGUCUUUUAUUGUCGUGUCGGAGAUUGCGGCGCAGCGGGUUCGCGAAAAGACGAAUCUUUUCGCCUGCGUGAUAUCCGUCCUGACCACUUUUGUCACUUCGUUCACGAUCCCAUACCUCAUUUCUGACAAGUUUGCCAACCUCGGUGCGCGGGUUGGCUAUAUUUACGGAUCUACGAGCCUCAUCAUGAUUGUUGCUACGUACUUUUUCAUCCCUGAGCUCAAAGGGCGGACACUAGAAGAGGUUGAUCAAUUAUUCGCAAGCGGUAUGCCUCUUCGUCAGUUUGGGAAGAUUCCCACACGUAGCCCGCAAGACGCCUAUCAGAUUGAACAGGAGCGACAGAUGCGGCUGGACGACGAGGCUCGACAAAUGCAAACCGACAUACCACUCGAGACAGUGGCGCAGCCAGAUGGUACAAAUGAAAAGGCAUCACGAGUACAGACGGGGCACCAAGCUGUCUAA